AUGGAGGCUGCCAAGGUGGAGCCGCAGCCUGAGCAGGAGGACUCUUUCGUGGAUGCAAAAGCUGAAGAAAUGAGCACAGUGGAGGAGAAACUUGAGAGCCCCGUGUUUGACUCUUUUGAUGACUCUGAGGUCAAGCUUGCGCCUUCAAGUCGCAUGGGAGAAGUGAUGCAGUCCUGCGAGGGGAUCACCGACAGGGAAACCUUAAAGCAACAAGUGCUGACAGCUUUCGAUGUCCUUUGCGAUGACUGUGGAGGCCCUUCCCAAUGGCUGGCUGAGAGAUUCAAGGAUUCAGAAGCUGACUUCCGUGCUUCUUUGUCAUCCAUGUUCCCUUGGAUGGCUUCCAUUGAUUAUGUUCAGCCUGCUGCCUUGGGAAAGAAGGAUAAAGGCUUUGUCCAUGUGUCUACGCUCUCCUUCAGCCCAGAUCGCAGCACCAAAGGGUUUCCGUACCGCUGCACAUGUCGACACAUCCUGGAAGAGAUUUUGGUGCAUGGGUUCUUGACAGAAGCUGAACCAUUGCUUCUAUGGUGCAGCCCAGAAGACCGUUUGCUUUCGCAAGUUGACUUCCGCUGCCGCUAUGUGAAAGGCUGUGCGCGAUGUGUGUCUUUGCUUUCACUGCUGGCGCUCUUCCGGGACCUGGCCGUGGACGUCAUGGUGCACUUCCCCCACAUAUAUCAGUCUGUCCAGCUGAUCCAUGUCAUGUUCCAAUCCCAUGCCAGCUUGACUUCUGUGGCGAUAGCCAAUGCGCACUUGAGUUGCUCCGGGUCAAUCCGCCAGGCUCAUGAUGUGAUGACCUGGGUGAACAAACUGCGGCUUCUGGAAGGUGGGAGUGACGCGCCUGCAGCAAUUCUGGAGAAGUUCAACAGCAAUGCAAGCGCUCGAGGCAAGGUGACUGGCAACCGCCGUGUGGCAGCACUGGCUCUUUUGCAGCCAAAUUGCAGGCGGGGAUGUGAGAUGAUGGUGGGUUUGCUUUCCAGGAUAGGUCCCCGUGCCGUGUGGUGGGGAGAAGAUAGCUUCUGCAAUAAGAAGCUGCUGCCGAACUUUGCGCCGCGGACUGGCAGGAGUUCUUGGAACCCAAUUCUUGUUGUAACUGCGGAGUCCUUUGAAACUUGGAUUGCGAGCCUCAACAGACAGCACCUGGCCAAGAACCCGAAGUCGAGGCGAAGUUUGGAAAAAUCGAGGUUGGAGGAGCAUUCGCAGCUUUCUGCAUUCUGGACAUGGGCGAAGACAGAAGCCCAACACCAUGCUGUAGAUCCUGAAGACCUGGCAGCUGUGCAUGAAAAAUUUCUCGACGGAGAUGUGACAUUGUUGCUAGAUCUCCAAAGCCUGCUCCAUGAGAAGAAAUCUGACAUUUGCUGGAAGGAUGUGACGAUUCUGCGAGAACUCCACCAGAAAAAGCAGUCCUGCACAGAUCUGGCGCUGCUGGGCCAUGCAAAGACCGAGAUCGAGGCCAGCAAGUUUGAGAAGAUGGAAUUGGAGCUUGUCCAUCAAAAGAUCAAAGGCGACAUCCAGGCAGUAUCGGUCUUUAGAUCGAAGCUUGCUUGUCAUGAGAGCCUCUUGUACCAUGCUCGGGUUGAGCACCUUCGGAAGCGACGCAUCAGUGCCAAGGAAGCCACGGCGACGCUUUUCACUGGACCAGCCGCGCAGUUCAAGUUUGUCUCUGCAGUCGAAGAUGUGGUGGCUACUUUGGGGCAGCUGAGCCGUGAGUAUCGCCUCAGCCAACCGCUGCCGGCUCUGCUGAUUGUCAACUGGGCUGCUCCAUCUGCUGUGCGGGAGGAGCAAAUGUCAAUGCAGCUGCAGACUAUGACCAACCUCUUUGCUGCAGACUCCGUAGACCCCAUGGGCAUCAUUUUGAUGCCAAUUUGGGAGCGCGCAAAAGGAUCUCUUUACAAAACGGAGAACUUGCUGCUCAAAUCUUUGAGCGAGAAAGACAUCAACACCGAUGAGAAAGCCUCCUUGAGUUUCGAGGACAGAGCAGAUCCCAGAGACAGACGUCCCCUGGAGUAUCCACUGCGGCUGGCCUUUCCUUUGCGUAGUGGACCAAAAAAUGUGACGCAAAGCAUCUGGAUGAGAUCAGCUCUGUAUGUCAACAACAGAACCAGCAGCAGGGCGCAGAUGUUGCAAGUCAAGGACAUGCGAGUGCCGGAGACUGAAGAUGACUUGCCAAGCUCUGAUUUGCAGGACCGUCUAAAUCCUGCAGACAAGUAUUGUCAAAUCGGAGAAUCUGCAGCUGCGGCUUUGAUUUCCUCUACAUUUGCAACUCUACCUUCUGGCCAUGCCUGUGUGGCAAUUGUUGAUCUCAGCCCAAAGACAGGUGACCUGGCGCGAGCCAUGCUCAGAAUGCCUGCUGCAUCCACCGCAUUGCAUUACAUUGCUUUGGCGCCGGAGUUGCAAAUGGAAUGGGCACGCACUGAUUUGCACGACUUGGCCAUUGAUCUGUUUUUGUCCCGGGCCUUGAAGGUGAAGGACUUUGAGCCGCUGCCGGAAACUCUGCCUGCAGAUCAACAACCUGAACUUUUGGCGCCAGCCCUCAAUGUGGGAACCGUGGAUGGCCUGAACCUCCAGCUGCCGCAGAGCUUGGCUGCAAAGUGGGGCUCCAGCUCCUUCAAGGAUGACUGGGAAGCACUUCUUGAAGAAAUGAACGCAGUCAUCCCUGUGAAGGACAAUGUUGACCGGCCGAGCAAGCGCUUGCGCACCAGCAAUGCCGUGGACCUCGUGGAGAACCCUGCUGGUGCGACCAAGUUUGAAUUCAUUCAUGUGGCGGAGCUCGACAUGACAAAGCUGCUGAUUCAAGCGAGUUGCAGCAACAAGCUGAAAGGCCUGAGUUUCCAGCUGUUUCCCAGCAACCGCUUGAUGCUUGUGAACACUACUCCCGCUCCUAUUCCCGUGGUUGGGUCUUUGACAUCAUGGCAGAAGGGAAAAUGGUGGCAGCCGAAGGAAACAACUGAAAUGUGGGACACAGCUGUGGAUAUCAUGUGGAAGUUUGAAGGAAGCUCUGAGAUUGUCUUUAUUGACAACCAAGCGCAAAGCCUCUUCCAAGUCAUCGACGCCAUGAAACGAUCCAAGCCAGAGCAAGCAAUCGUCAGGUACCACAGCCUUACCGAACAUCCUCAGGGGCAGCAUGGGCCUGGCGACUUCACCGUCGAGGUGAAGCACCAAGUUGCAUGGCGGGCAGAGAAGAUGACAGUUGAAGGAGGUGGAAAGGCCAACUACUUGACCAUCGCUGGGCUUUUCCCUGCCGACUGCUGGGACUUGAGCAAGGUGCAGAUUGUCUGGUCAACACGAUUUGCAAAACAAGGCCUCACAGGAAUCAAGCCAAGUGUCUGGCUGAAGGGCAGCUGCAUCAUUCCUCCACAAAGCGCGCUGGAGCUGACUCUGAUGGCUGAAUGA